AUGUUCCUCCCACGUCACACCUCCAUACACGCCGACCAUAGACCCUCUCUCGGAAGGACGAGCUCGUCGACAUCCAUGGUCAGUCUGCAGGUCCACGAGUCCAUCCUCGCGGCAAAAGUGCGCGACAUGAGCGCCCACUUCGGCCUCGGUCUCGCAGACGAAUCGGCUUCCACCCCACAAGAUGCCGACACCGAAUCCGCACCCGACACGUCCUCGAGCGGUGCAGUCUCCCAAGCUUCGGCACAGCACGACCUCGUCGUAGAUGGGACGAGAGGCAAGCGCAGCAUCGACCACAUCUUUGUCGGCGGACGACCGUCGCGGGGCCAGCCUCAGCUGUCCGCCAACAACGCCCGCGACCAACGCAAGGCGCCGCGUCAUUCGGCUCAGCGCACCAGUCUACGCGGAUACGCCCAAGCCAGGUGGUCGCGACACGAGGGACUGUGCGAUCGCGUCCUGCGCGCCACCAAUGUCGCCAAGCUCGAGUGGGAGGCCAAGGCGGCGCUUCUGCAUCACGCCUACCCGCUUGCCAUCUUGCUUCUCUUCCGUGCCGCCUCGCUCGGCUCCACAACCGCUUCUCAACGCCUCGCCCAUCUCUACGCCUACGGCGUCACCCGUGGCGUCUCCCCCGUCGUCACGCUCGUCUACCGUGACACGCUUCGAAGCAUCGCAUGGAUAUUCCAAGCGCUUCGUCUGUGCGAGCGCCGCCUUCCCGCUCAGCUCAAGGCAGCCUCCGCCUCGGCUACGCCGUCGCUCCGACUCUCGCAGGUGUGGCAAGCGCCUCUCGAAGCUACGAGUCUGCUCGUCAGCGCUCUCCUGAGCUCCGAGGUGGGUGCCUUCGACCCGUGCCAGAAGAACGCCGUCUUCCUCCCCGCCGUCGAGCACCUGGCCGAUUCACAGGGCACAUCAUCCCUUCGCAGCCGCUCUUCCGCACCCGCAUCACAGUCGCAAGCACCAGAGCUCUGGACCGAGCUCGAAGAUGCCAUUCAGAGGUGGACCGCCCGUCUGGACGCCGUUGAAAGAUCCCACGCCUCCGAACAAGACAUCUCCAAUGGGCCGGACGAGGCCGAGGAACACGAGAGCCUCGCAACCACCAUGCAUCUCCUCCAUGGCCACUUGCUCCUUCUCCGCGCGAUCCAGUUCACCCGCGCUUUCGCCCUCGAGCCAUACGCCGACAAUGCCGCGCCAGCCCGACACGCCUGGGCCAAGGUGGCCGAAGUGCAGCAGAGUGGCGCAUCGCAUCGUCCUGACCUCGACCAGAUCCUGAACAUCCUGUCGCAAGCCCAAGACGCUUCGGGACGCAUCUACGACGACCAGCUCUUCCGCAAUCUCACCACUUGCGCGCAGAAGGGCCUCGAUGAGGCGCUGGCGUCAGAAUAUGCACAGCGCCAGUCUAUUCCGCGACCCGGGGACACAGAGGCACCAGCCGCUGUGACCUCGCAGAGGACAACGUCACGUGGAGACGCACUUCGCAGCAAGGAUCGCCUUCGUGACCUCACACCUGAGGACGUCGAAACGACCAAAAAGAUCGAUGCCGAAACACGCCCGGCCCUGACCAUGCGUCUGUCUAGCGGAUAUGCCGCUGCUCAGGCGGUGGUCGUCUCUGCUUCCGCAACAGCAGAGUCCAAGGCUACACCUCCAUCUCUCGCUUCGGCUUCACAAACGGUCCGCCAAAAGUUUGGCCGCACCGUCAGCACCAGCUCACUCGCUGCCGCCUCGGCCAAGCCGUCUCCAGGAUGGACCGAGCCAGGUUCUCCUACCGACAGUGUCCGCUCCGGAUUCUCCCUCGGCGUGGCCCGGCCGAGGCGGCCUUCCAGCGUCGUGUCCGUCACCCCAUCGCUCCUCUUCCCGCCUGGCUCCGCCGCGGACGAUCAAAGCCCGAAUAGCCUCGCUGACGAUGGCUACUUUUCGUCGCGGGGCUCAGGCCGCACACGGUCGGCUUCGUCCACCCAGCUCAGCGGCGGCCCCGUCCAGAGGCCGCGCGUCACCAGUAUGUACAGCGCGCCCGGGCUCGUGACGUCGUUGUCGAGCGCCAGCCUGGUCGCUCCUUCGGUUUCGACUACGAGCCAACAAAGCUUGAACGCCGUGGCGUCGUCCAACCCGACUAAUCUCGGCGUGCCUACUCGUAGACGCACGGGCUCAAAUGCCUCGCUUGGCUCCAUCAAUUCUCGGUUCGGAUCCAUUCUCCCGAAGACGUCUCCGUCCAUCUCCGAGAUGCCGGAAGGAAUCGGCGCGACCUCGCGCGGGGAGCCAUCGAAGAGCGCGGCCGCAGACACGCUGCGAAAGCUCAAGGGCAGACGUUCGCACACAGACCUUCGUGCGCUCCAGUCGGCCCGCAACGAUCACAGCUCGGCGCCGCCAGUCCCUGCGCUACCCGGCCAGUCGCAGGCGCGUUUGAGCGCCGUGGCGUUGCCGGUCUCCACGCUGCAGCCAUCCAAGUCGACCGUAUUUGUCUCGCUAGAGAACCUGCCGGACGUGCAGGCCAGCGGGCGAUCCAAAGUGGCCGAGAGCCAGCCAACCGAGUCCAAGGCGUCGGCGAAAGAUCACCUUGCACGCACGCAGGCGCGCAUUCCCCACUCGUCGAUCCCCUCGGUGCUCGAGGAGGGCGACAUGGCGCUUGCGGCCAAAGACACCACAACUACGGGUCCGGCCUUCACUUCGGCGCUCCUGGCUGGCGCCUUGUCUGGUCUCACGGUUGACCUGCUCUUUUUCCCCAUUGACACCAUCAAGACUCGCCUGCAGUCGGCGCAGGGCUUCUGGGCUGCCGGCGGAUUCAGCGGCGUGUACCGCGGCCUGGCCUCGACCGCCGUGGGCUCGGCCCCCGGUGCCUCGGUAUUUUUCACUACGUACGAAUCGAUGAAGCCGGCACUGGUGCGAUGGAUGCCCGACGUGUUUGGCGCUGAAGGCGCGCUCGGUCCAGCGGGCGUGCACAUGGCGGCGGCAUCCAUGGCCGAGGUGGCGGCGUGCCUGAUCCGCGUGCCGACCGAAGUGAUCAAGUCGCGCCAGCAGACCAUGACGUACGGCAGGGGCACCACCACGCUGCAGGCAUUCAAAAAGGUGUUCCAGGAAGCGGGCGUGCGGGGCUACUACCGCGGCUUCGGCAGCACCGUCGGCCGAGAGAUCCCGUUCACCUGCAUCCAGUUUCCGCUGUACGAGCGGCUCAAGCUCGAAAUGGCACGGUCGAGGGCCAGCAAGGACGCAGCCUCCGGCUCGGGUGUCGCGUCCGAGGAACGCGUGCAUGCCCUUUCGGACCAGGAGCUCGUACGCGGCCUCCCGACAUGGCAGGCUGGCCUGGCUGGCAGCAUUGCCGGUGCCAUCGCCGCCGGCCUCACCACGCCGCUCGACGUGGUCAAGACGCGCAUCAUGCUGCACACCAAACGCUCUGCUUCGGCUCACCCGGGCGGAGCGGCUGCGGCUGCGGCCAGUGCCGCCGAGUCUCUUCCCCGCGGCGUCAACACGGACAUCAUCCCGACGCUGCUCCACAUCGGCCGCACCGAGGGUAUCAAGACGCUCUUCAGCGGCUUCCUCCCGCGCACAAUGUGGAUCGGCCUCGGCGGCGCCGUCUUCCUGGGCACGUUCGACGCCGGCAUCAAGACGCUUUCUUGA